GCUUCCUGUUAUUCUUUGAACCGUCUCAAUCAUUAUUUCGACAUCUUUAUAGCCGGAUUCUCUGAACUCCCGUUAAGACGAUGCGACAAGUUUGGUGACUUCACUUCUCCCCUUUGGCUCCAGAGGGGCCCCCACGCUUGCUUCGCCUUCGCCUCACACCAUUCCGACCCUAGCCACAUCAUCAUUGUGCCCUCUAAAACAUGCUGCCCUACAAACAGCUCAUUGUGACGGCCAGCCACCUAGUCCGUCGUGAGAAUCGGGGUGAAAAUUGGGAGGAAGAUGACGGAAAGUGUGACUGGGUCACGCCAGGUCCCAACGGCAACGUCCCUGUCGGUGCUUGCAACUCGUACUACAACUACGAUCCUCAGUUUGCCCCCGCCGUGGCCGUGGCCGUCAUCUUUGGCAUCUUGACUGCAGUUCACGUUGCCGAAGCUUUUGCCUUUAAGAAGCGAUACGCAUGGGUCCUCAUCAUGGGCGCGCUUUGGGAGACAAUCGGUUUCAUUUUUCACUCCCUCGGCGCGAAAGACCAGCAGCAGAUGGCCUACGCUAUUAUCUGGAUGGACUUCUUCCUUCUCGCUCCGCUGUGGAUCAACGCUUUUGUCUACAUGACGUUCGCGCGCAUGGUCCUCUACUGGCAUCCCGAAGGCAAGAUUGCCGGUCUCCGGGCAACGGCCAUCGCAAAGUGGUUCGUCCUAGCCGACAUCCUCACCUUUAUCAUCCAGGGCGUUGGCGGCAUCAUGGCGAACCCAAAUUCCGGCACCGAGAUCAUCAAAAUCGGCUUGAACAUCUACCUCGGUGGCAUGGGUGCCCAACAAUUCUUCAUUCUUAUUUUCUAUGGCCUCAUGUACGCAUUCUGGCGGCGCUGUACUCGGGCAGAAGCGUCUUCAUAUGGCCACAAUGGAAAGAGGAGCUGGCGGCCAUUGCUGUAUUCGCAGUAUGGCGUUCUGCUCUGCAUCACUGUUCGGAUCAUCUUCCGACUUGUCGAGUUUGCUCAAGGUGUUGACCCCGAACACAACCCAAUUCCGUUCCACGAGGAAUACAUUUACGCCCUAGAUGUAUUCCCUAUGAUGGUCGCUCUUCUUAUCCUUGCCAUCUGGUAUCCUGGGCGGUAUCUGGUUGGACCCGAAAGCGAGUUCCAUAGGCUGUCGAGGAGGGAAAAGAAGGAAAUGAAGCGUGAGAAGAAGGCGGCACGGCGCGAGGAAAAGGAGGCUAAGAAGCAGGCCAAGCAAAAUAGGAAGAAGGGGAGUAACCUCAUGUCUGACGAUGUCGUCCCUUAGCGAUUAAGUCAGUGGCUUGUACGUUACAGCAAAUCGAGGACAUGUCUGGUUACGAUUGAGGUCUUGGACAUGCGCAUCGCCGUGACCAUGCUGGUCUGGAACUUUGAAUUCCUGCCGUGCGUGGAGGAGCUUCCCGACUAC